AUGUCAGGAAAAUCGGGCCAGGUGGGACUGUCAGGUCAAAAAUAUAAACGUAAGUCAGUCAAGAAGGUUCGUCCUUUCCAAAGAAAUGAAGUUGAUAAUAGGAAGCCCCCCCAAGAAGUGUCUUUUGUAAGUACGGAUCCGUUAUACGAAGAUGAUGAUGAUGAAAAUGACGAUGACGAUGGCUCCAGGGCAGCCUCAGAUGUGCACAUAACUUUCAAACAGCUCCAAGCGAAAGCACAGGAACUUUUGAAAACCAGAAAAAGUUUACCAGUCUACCAGAACAGGGAUGAAAUAAUGCAAUGCAUUGCACAGAACCAGGUCACUGUACUUAUCGGUGAGACGGGUUCUGGUAAAUCGACGCAGAUCCCGCAGUUUCUGCUAGCAGAUGUAGCGAAGCGCUCUCAGAAGAAUACGAACGCGAGGACCAAAGGAGUUGCGAUAACGCAACCACGUCGAGUGGCAGCCAUCAAUCUGGCAACCAGAGUUGCACAGGAGCAUGGCUGCAUGGUGGGUGGUGAGGUCGGUUACUCGGUUAGAUUCGAUAAUUGCACUAGCAAGAAAACAAAACUGAAGUAUCUAACAGAUGGUAUGCUGUUAAGAGAACUUAUGAUGCAUAAAACCCUGAAGGACUACAGCACGAUUAUCAUCGACGAAGCGCACGAGAGGACAAUCCUGACGGAUUUGAUUCUGGGAUUUUUGAAAUCGCUGCUGAAGGGCGCACGACCCGAUUUAAGAAUAAUUAUCAUGUCUGCAACGUUGCAGGCAGAGAAAUUUAGUUCGUUCUUCCACGAUGCCCCCAUUCUGUUUGUAGAGGGGCGUAAGUUUCCGGUAGCGCAGUACUAUCUACCCGCACCCUGCGACGACGUUGUGGACAGCAUUAUAAGAUGUUGUGUUCAGAUCAACCUUGGCGAGCAGCUGGGAGAUAUUCUCUGUUUUCUCCCCGGCCAAGAAGAGAUUGAUAAAGCGGUCACCAUACUGAACAAGAUAUCAAAGUACAUAUCCGACCAAUGCAAAGUGCCGCUGAUGGUCGGACUUCCGCUGUAUGCAGCGCUACCGCCCGCACAGCAAGCCAAAGUAUUCAGUAAACUCAAAGGGUUCAAGAGGAAGGUCGUAUUCAGUACCAACGUCGCAGAGACCUCCGUGACGAUAUCCGGCGUCAAGUUCGUCAUUGACUCCGGCCUACGUAAAGUGAAGGUCUGGAGACAUCAACUGGGUUUAGCCACCCUGCUUACUGUGCCCAUAUCACGUGCCAGUGCGAUGCAGAGGACAGGCCGUGCCGGUAGAGAAAGUGAGGGUAAGUCGUACCGACUGUACUGUGAAAAGGAUUUCAGCCAAUUGCCCAUGCAAACAGAGCCCGAGAUAGCAAGAAGUGACAUCACGUCGCCCCUCCUGAUGCUGAAGCGCUACGAUGUAGACGACGUCGUCAAUUGGACAUGGUUCGAGCACCCCGGCAAAGACGCCAUGAUCCUGGGACUGCAGGAGCUGUACCAAUUGGGAGCAUUGAACGAUUACGGCAAGAUCACGAAGCGCGGAGAGCAGAUGGCACUCCUGCCCUUGGCGCCGCAGCUAAGUAGCGUUCUCAUCCACGCGAGCGAGGCCGGCUGUCUCUCCACGGUAAUCGACAUUGCUUCGUGUCUCAGCGUCGAGAAUCUGCUGUUGAAUCCGCCGCCGGAACAAAGAGACGAGGUAAAUGAGAAACGGGUCUCGCUCUGUAACGAGGGUAACCGAUACGGCGAUUUGAUCAUGCUGAAGGAACUAUACGAUAUCUUCACCGGCGAGCUGCAAUCUGCAGCCGAGAAACAGGAGUGGUGUAGAGAGCUGUGCAUCUCGUACCGGGGCUUCAAGAACGUCCUGAAGAUACGAGGCCAGCUUAUGACGUAUUGUGAGAGGUUGUUUUCCGGGGAAGCUCGCACUACCGCACAGGAUCAACCGGAAGCGGACCACUCAUCGACCGUGUUGAGAUGUUUUCUAACAGGCUUUGCGAGGAAUUGUGCCAUCGGGAUGCCGGAUAGAUCGUACCGCACGGUGGUUACAGGCGAGCCAAUCAGCGUGCAUCCCUCGUCGAUGCUGUUCCUCAACAAGCAGUGCCCCGCAAUAAUGUAUACCGAGUACGUUUUCACCACCAAGGGAUAUGCACGAAAUGUCAGCAGAAUACAGCUGGACUGGUUGCAGGCGGGAAAGGCGGUUGCCAAGGAGAGGGCGCACAACGACUAG